GAGAAAUUGAUUCGAAGAUGGGAAUCGCAACAAUUCAGCAACCCUUUACAUAUUGGCUGUCGGAGCACCCAGCGAUCGUUGGGUUCAGAUGGAGUCAUACCCAGUCAUGGGGUUCUACAUGGUCCUUCCUAUUCACUUCCAUAGCCGCCUAUAUUACCCUCUCUGUCUUCCUUCACCUGGUCUUGGCUCUCUUCCGCCGCCGGCGACCGGUGCCGCUGGGGCCUAUCCCGGCCCUACAUAGCCUAUCCAUGGCUCUUCUAUCUGUUAUCAUUUUUGUUGGAAUCCUCCUCUCUGCCACAGCCGAGAUACGCGACACCCGGUGGUUCUGGCGGCGCACUAAGACCCCUUUCCAGUGGCUUCUCUGCUUCCCCUUGGGAACUCGCCCCAGCGGACGUGUAUUCUUCUGGUCUUACGUCUUCUACCUCUCUCGAUUCCUUCACUUGCUUCGCACCUUCUUCACAGUACUCAGGCGUCGGAAACUCACAUUUUUCCAGCUCUUCAACCAGUCGAUUCUCAUCUGCAUGUCCUUCCUCUGGCUUGAAUUCUCGCAAUCGUUUCAGGUUUUGGCCAUACUUUCUGCCACUUUAGUGUAUUCGGUGGUCUAUGGGUAUCGAUUCUGGACAGCGAUCGGGCUGCCCAGUGCUUGCUUCCCCUUCGUGGUGAAUUGUCAGGUAGUGUUGUUGGGCUGCAACUUGGUGUGGCAUGUUGGGGUACUUCUGUUACAUUUGAAAGGUGGGUGUAAUGGAAUUGGGGCUUGGGUCUUCAAUUCUGUAUUGAAUGGUGCCAUUCUCCUGCUGUUCUUGAACUUCUACGUGAAGAUGCAUCUCAGGAAGAGAAAGUUAGUUGCAGUCGAAGAUGACCCUUUAACGACCCAUACAUGUUCUGCUGCCUCUGGCUUGGAAGCAAGAAGUGAGAUGGACAAGAUUGAAGAGAAGAAGGACCCUUGAUUUUUUUCGUCUUUUCGUUAAUCAUCUUCUUAAGAAAUUUUUGUGUGAUGAGUCUGUAUUGUAACUGUAAUUCCAUCCAUCCAUGGAUUUGGGGGAAAACUCAUAUCAAUUUCCCCCAGUAUAUUUGUA